AUGAUCGGCGCAUACGUUUCUUCGACAUAUCUGCGUGCCACAUGGCCGUGCCUACAGCAGGCUGUCCGCCUUCCCACAGGCUCAGCGCAGGAGCGCAUCGUGGGCGGCGUGGAUGCGUCUCCUGGCGACUUCCCGUACGUGACGUCACUGCACCGCAACGGCGAGCACAACUGCGGCGCCAGCGUGUUGGACGCCUCGUGGCUGCUCACCGCCACCCACUGCGUCAACUUCGACACAGAAAACCUGACAAUCCUGGCUGGUACAGUGGAUCAGACGUCUGGAGGCUCGUUGCAUACGGUCACAAAGGUGGUAAUCAACCCUGACUACAACCCAAGAGAUGGAUAUGUCAACGACAUCGCACUCAUAAAGGUGGAGCCCGAGCUGCUGAUCGACAACGUGACGGUGGCGGCGGCCAGGCUGCCGGCCAGGGGCCAGGACACGCCGGCCGGCACCCCCGCCACCAUCAUGGGCUGGGGGCUGCUCUCGAUGAGUCAUCGGGACGUAGACCUGCUGCCCAACGUUCUGCAGAAGGUCGACACGGUGAUCGUGGACCUUGAGACCUGCCGCGCCGCCUACGCCCCCGGAGACCCCGUAUACGAGAGCCACAUCUGCGAGGAGGUGCCGCAACCGGGCAAGGGCGCCUGCAACGGUGACUCUGGCAGCCCGAUGGAGGUGGACGGCGAGGUGGUGGGGCUGGCCUCGUGGCAGCAGGGCUGCGGCCUGCAGGGCUACCCCACCGUCUACACCAGGGUCUCCGCCUUCAUCGACUGGAUCGAAGAAAACAAGAAAUGA